AAGUGGCGGCAAGACGUGACCCUCGAAUUGGAGGGCGCUGGGGCGACUAGAUUUGUUAACCGUGAGCUGAGUGGUGCUGACGGUGGGAAUAAUGAUUUUCGUGAUCACGAUGCGAGAGUUGUUAGUGGGGAUGGUAUAUUAAAAACCCGUAUAGAGGGCCAUCCUACUGGAGGGGGUUGUGAAGAUAGUCCUUUGACAGAGGAAGAGCGGCUCCGGCGUGCAGUGAGUGAUGUUUUAGCUACCCAGUUUCGCGACGAGUUGCGUUCUGCGGUGGGCUACUUCGUCACCGGACAGGAGGGAUUAGAUCCAGAUCUUUGUGCGGAGGUGCGUUGCCUCAAGUCAGAGCUGGGCAGUAUGCAGGAGACACUUACAGCUCAGAUAGCUAUGCUGACCGAGCAGAUGAAGGAAGCAGCUCGUAUCAGAACAGGUCAUCAUAGCCAGCAGGAGAUGAACGAUCACGAUGGUGAGGAGCCAACCCUCUUUGGUGGAGGUGGCCGUCUUCAGAACGCUGGCGGAACAUCAGGAGUUGUUAACAGCAUGGAGAUGGAGCAACAGCAGAUAAUUACACUGCUGACCCAGCCUGAUGGAGGAGCUGCGCCAGGGACCAACAGUGCGAGUCGUGUAGACAGCAAGAGCAACAUAGGUAGUAGCCCGUGGAAUCUGACUGGAUUCACGGCGAGUUCCAGACCGGGCUCUAGAAUGGCCUCAAAAACCCAGAUUGCUAUAGAUCCCAAUUCAGGGGCGCCUGGUGGUAAUAGUAAUAGAAGACCAGGGACGUCAACAGGUGCUACAACCAUGUCGCCUCCUGGCAUGACUCAUCGAGAAGCGCGUGUGAUUGAGGUUGUGCGUGAGCCACCAGCCGCAGUUCACAAAGGAGGUGACUCGCCGGCCGAUGCAAUUACAAAUUCGGUGAAUUUCAGCAACAUUGCAACAGGGGGUGGAGAAAACGCCAUCGAAGAGGCAACCACAUCAUGGUUGGAGGCUGCACGCCUAAAGUACCUAGGCUUUCGCUUUUUUGGAUGUCCUGGCCUAGAUGAAAGUUGCUAAAAUAGAUUCAGAUUAUCGAUCUCGAAGUGGACAACUCGUACUACGAAAGAUUAAGAUUCGGCGCUCCUCUUAAAAAGAAGGACUUCGAAGAUCAAUUUAAAUAAAUACUUAAAUAGAUCUUCACCAUUUCUACGGUAGAUCUGAGUCUCGUCGUCGUGCAGAGGAAAUGCG